CCCAGGCAGGAAGAAGCCACCCCUUGAAUCUACAAGGCCAUUCAAUGCUAAUCAAGGUGGCCAAUUGCAACAUUCACACCUACCUCCAAUAGACAAAAGUUAUUUCUCUCACCCUGGACAUUCCACAGAUAUAAAAACCCCAUUUUCCUAGUUUCCAACAGUCACUCCUAACCUCUGAGGAUGCCUGCCAUAGAUGCAGGCGAAACGUCAGGAGAUAAUGCUUCUGGAACAUGGGUAUACAGUCCGGAAAACAGCAACCCAGGCAGAAUAGAGUUCAAAGCCAUUGUUUGGGGAACAAUAAGAGAUUGUUAUCACCCUGCCCUGUCUCUAGCCUUUCUGCUGGAAUGUAGGUUGAAAAUGAGAUGCUUGGAACUGGAGUGUGCAUAUAUGCCCAAGUAGCUGUCGAUUUAGGGAAACUAUAGGAAUACUCAGAGGUGGUUUUGCCAGGUAAUAUGCCUCUGAAAUACAGCCGGUCUCCCAUCCUAGUCCUGACCAUGAUUGCUCCUGCUUAGUCCUCAAGAUCAGGCAGGAUCUGGUGGAGCAAAGUGCUGGAAGGAGCAAUGAAAAAUGUGGAAGGAGAGAGAUCCGCCCGCAGAAACCCAGCAGAUCCCCUUCCGGGCACAGCCACGCCUCUGAUGAAUCAUAAAGCGGUUCCAUGGCGGGUCAGUUCUGUUAAGGAGGAGCCCGAGCCUGCUUUGUGUUGUUUUGGUUCAUUCCGAAGGUUGGAGAAAGCCCAGACUGGUCCAAAAAAUGGCUGCAGAGAAGAUCUACAAGGAGGUGCAGGACUAUUAUGGCAAAGAUCUGAAGAAAACAGAGGAUCUAAAAACCAACGCUUGUGUUACUCCAGCAAGGCCUUUGCCUGCCUUUAUCAGAGAAGCACUGGAAUGUGUUCAUGAAGAGAUUUCAGCAAAAUACUAUGGUUGUGGACUUGUAGUCCCAGAAUGUUUAGAGGGCUGCUGGAUAUUGGAUUUGGGUAGUGGAAGCGGUAGAGACUGUUAUAUGCUCAGUCAGCUGGUUGGAGAAAAUGGGCAUAUCACUGGGGUAGACAUGACUGAAGCCCAGGUAGAAGUAGCGAAGAAACACAUUGAUUAUCACAUGAACAAAUUUGGCUACAAGAAACCCAAUGUUAACUUUAUUCAUGGUUACAUAGAAAAACUGAGCGAAGCAGGCUUGAAGGGCGAAAGUUAUAACCUUGUAAUCUCCAAUUGUGUGGUUAAUCUUUCCCCUGAUAAACAAGCUGUCCUGCAUGAAGCCUAUCAGAUGUUAAAGGAAGGUGGGGAGAUGUAUUUCAGUGAUGUGUAUGCCAGCUGUGACUUGCCAGAGGACAUCAGGAAACACAGAGUCUUGUGGGGUGAAUGCCUAGCAGGAGCCUUAUGGUGGAAGGAUCUCUACAAAAUUGCCAAGGAAGUUGGAUUCCAGACACCUCGGUUGGUGACUGCCUCCCGGAUAACCCUUGAAAACAAGGAACUGGAAAGUAUUGUGGGCAACUGCCAGUUUGUUUCUGUGACUUUCCGCCUCUUCAAGAUCCCCAAGGAUACCACGGCACAACGGUGUGAGGUUAUUUACAAAGGAGGAAUCACUGGACAUGAAAAGGAACUAGAGUUUGAUGUCAACUACAGGUUCAAGCAAGGAGAAAUUGUGAAUGUUGAUGAGGAGACAGCAGCUAUUCUGCAGAACUCCAGAUUUUCUGCAAAGUUCCUGAUCCAACCAUUGGAGAAGAAGCAACCUAGUCCAAAAGGAUGCCAUCCUGGGAAACAAAAGCAGAAGAUUGAAGACCCAUUUAAAUUUGUGGAGCUGAUGGAGGCCAAAGGCACUAUGAAAACUCCAUCAGGAUGCUGUGGGUCCAAAGGAUGCUGUUGAACUUUGCAGUCUCAUAGUGAAAACCAGAUUUUUAAAAAUGCUAUAGAAGUAAUAAAGCAAUAUUAUGGUUUCU